AUGAUACGCAAAGGCGAUACGAUACAAAAUACAAAUGGACACCGGGGUCUUGAGAUUCGGGAUCGAAAAGCAUUUAUUAAAAUAAAGAAAUAAACGCGAAAUGGGUGAUUUCUUAGCAGCGAAUAAUGUUUGUGGACAAAAUUUAUUGCGGCUUGUAUCCCGUGGAAAUGCUAUUGUAGCCGAAUUGAUGAGAUUAAAGGACUAUGUGCCACCUGUCUUUAGCCUAAAUUCGAAAAAGAUUGUCCAAAAGUAUGGAUCAAUUAUAAUUGAUUUUGCUUAUUUUAAAUCAGCUAAUACUUAUGAGCAAAAAAUAGAAAAUGAUCCUGUACUCCAAGAAACGGAUGAAGAGCUACGAAAUAAUUUUUCUGACAUAAUCUCAAGGUUCUACUUAGCUUUUGAAAGUAUACACAAAUAUGUAACAGAUUUGAAUUUCUUUGUAGACGAAUUAGGAGAUGGGAUGUAUAUACACCAAUCUAUAGAUACUAUAAUGCUUAAUGAAGAAGGAAGACAAUUAAUGUGCGAGAUGGUGUAUCUAUAUGGAGUCAUGUUACUUUUGGUAGAUUAUCAUUUUGAUGGACCUAUAAGAGAGAGAUUGCUUGUAUCUUAUUAUCGAUACAAUACUCAACGUUCACCUUUCACAAAAGUAGAUGAUAUAUGCAUGUUAUUGCGCUCAACAGGAUUCUCCAAAACUUCUAAUUAUCGGCCUCCCAAUUAUCCUGAAGACUAUUUUAAACGAGUCCCAUUGAACGAUUCCAUGAUUGAACAUAUUAUUGGACGUUUACGAUCGGAUGAGAUAUAUAAUCAGAGUCUCGCUUAUCCACACCCGAAACAUCGUAGUACUGCUUUAUCUAAUCAAGCGUCAAUGUUAGUCGUAAUUUUGUCAUUUAAACCAUUUAUGUUACAAUCCCACACUGCUACGAUGAGAGAAAUUGUAGAUAGAUUUUUCCCUGAUAACUGGGUCAUUAGUAUUUAUAUGGGUAUAGUAAUAAAUUUAUGCGAUUGGUGGUCACCAUAUAAAGCGGCGCGAAUAGCUCUUAAUAACAGUUUGGAAUCGUCAAACGUAAAAGUUAUUGCACAGAAAUAUGGGAAAAAGAUGAAGAAACUGAUUUCUGAGACAGAAGAAGUGCAGCUGACAGUGACUUCAGAUGAAAGUGCAAUAGGAUCUCUGGUAAAAUUAGUGAAAGAAUGUAACGUGACAUUACAUUGGAUACUUUUACACACAGCAACGCCAACCAUAUCAUUAGAAGAUUCGAAACGUUCGCGUAUGCUCAAACAACUAGUAGUGACCGAGAGCAAAUACACCACGUCUGAUUGCCUUCAAUUGUUACUAAGUACCGCCCAGAUCGAGCAAAGAGUCAAACAAUUGUACAAAGACUUAUUAUGUGGUAAAGAAACAAAUUGGCUUAGGGCUAAGCAAACGUGUGUUGAACGCAUAACAGAUCUUGCUCAAAUAUUCGGUGGCAGUAAAUCGCUUGACGGCGUUGAAAGAAAUCAAAAUUUACAUUCCUGGUUCAUAGAGAUAAGCAAACAUAUAGACUCGUUGCAACAAGAGGAUGCAAGGAAAAUAGUACAAUUGUUACAGGCAUUAGAAGAAGUACAGGAAUUUCAUCAGUUGGAAAAUAAUUUGCAUAUAUCGCAAUAUUUAGCGGAUACACGUGAAAUAUUGCAUAACAUGCUACGCACAGGGAGUAUAACAGAAGAUACCAUGAUAAGUUUAAAUAUAGUAACUGAUUGUUGUUACGCGUGGAAUAUAAUGGAAUCGUUCAUCGAAGCGAUGCAAACUAGUAUAAAAGAAAGUCCUCCCAAUGUAAUAAAGUUGAAAGCACUCUUCCUAAAAAUGGCUUCAGCUUUAGAAACUCCUUUAUUAAGAGUGAAUCAAGCGCGCAGUGCAGAUUUAGCGUCGGUAUCGCAAUAUUAUAGCAGAGAAUUGGAGAAGUAUGCUAGACGCGUGUUGCAAAUAAUACCCGAAACGGUGUUUGGUUUACUUGCUCAAAUAGUACAUCUAGAAACUAAUUCUUUCAAAGAAAUUCCUACUAAGCUGCCAAAAGAUAAACUGAAAGAUUAUGCGCAGUUAGAUGAUAGAUUAAAAAUGGCUAAAUUGACAUACGCUGUAUCAGUAUUUACAAAAGGCGUACUAUCACUAAGAAGCGUUCCAUUAGGAGUGUUAAGAGUCGAUUCUCAUCGUCUCCUAGAAGACGGUAUACGUCAAGAGCUCGUGAAAAAAGUAACGUUCGCUUUAGACAACGGUCUUAUUUUCGAACCGAAGUCAAAAAUAACAUAUAUUAUAAAUAAUGCAGUGGAAGAAGAACGUUCGGGUUUUUCCUGGUCUUCGGAAAAGUCCUGGAAAUACUUUCAGGAGGAGAAGUUUGAUAAUAAUUCUACAACCUUUAUCGGAAGACUUGCUCGUGAAUUAAUUCGAAUUACAGAUCCCAGGACUACUGUCUACAUUGAACAUUCACUAGCCUGGUACGAUCUUAAAGCCCAGACAGAAGUACUAAAUUAUAAAAUCUUCUCAAGGACAUUUGAAGCAAUCGGUACACCCGGUUUAAUAGGGCUAGACAAGCUUAUUUCAUUUUACAUUAUUACCGAAUUAAACAAUAUGAUAUGCUACAUAGAAAAGAACAUUCGGAAUAAAACGUGGUCGUCCACGAUUGAUCAUUUCGGUACAAUAUUAAAUUCUACGGAUUCUACUAGAACUACUUUAUCUAAGCUCCAUAGUUCGAUCACUGCCCAAGUAAGUAAAUUUUGUCCACAAAUACUUGAAUGGGUGUUAAAAGUUGGGCAUUAUCAACUGCUUAAAAAAAAGAUAGCGUACGAAUUAAAUACCGCUUGCAAAUUUGAAGCUAAGCACAUGGAAGCAGCGCUUCAAACGUUACACAAAGCCGUUUUAUAUGAAAUUGAUAAACAAGGAAAUACGAACCAUAAUGAAGCUGAGAAGAAUGAACUGCUACAGGAACUUAGUACCAGAUUAGAUUGGGCUGGUAUAAGUAAUCCACAAAACAAUGUAUACAUCAAACCACCAAGCUUAAAUGAUAUUGCACUCAUAAUGUUUUUAGUUACUGUACCACAGUUAUCUAAGAUACAAUAUUGUAAAAAUACAGGAACUCUUUUGAGUAAGAAGCCUCAAGAUUCUCUUGAUGCCGUAGUUUUCGUUAUUGGAGUACAAACUGUAUUGAGGCAAUGUACAUUUACGGCGAUGACACGCUAUGUUAAAUAUCUUUGUAUAUACGUUCUUUCUUGUGUUACCUCGGAUAGCGUAAAAGCGGGGAGCGAUGGAGAACCCGAAGGAACUAACGCUUUACAUAUUUUAGAAUUAUUUACCAAAUAUUCUGGCAUAUCGCGAUCGUUUAUACUCAAAGAGAUUCCUAUAGCUAUUAUGGAUCAUUUCCAGGCAAAGACUGCUAAAUAAAGAAUAUUUAAUGUAAGACAAUUUUAAUGGCUAAUGCUACGUUCGCACUGUAUCGAACUAAAAAUAAAUAUUCUAUUUUGUACAUUUAA